UUUUCUUUUCUUUUUGCUUGUGUAUUUUCUUGUAUUUAUGAAUCGACAAAACAUGAUGCCUCCAAGCCUAACAAGUUCAAUUGAGCCCUGUUUUGAUCAACAGCUUCUUUAUAGCACAAAAAGAAAAGCAGAGGACGUGUCUAGUUAUUUCUUGCAGGAGCCAUCUGAACAUCAUCAGAACAAAAGAAUCAAGUCAGAUCAAGAGGGAGUACGGCUGAUUGUAUCAAGAGACGAAUCAUUGGUGGACAAGACAUGGCCGACGAGUCAUGAAAGCGAUGAAGAAGACGAAGAGGCAACAAGAAAAAGAAACCUAGAAAGAAAUAGAAUUGCAGCUCAUAAAUGUAGGCAACGAAAAAAGGAAUGGAUAAACCAGCUUGAAAGAAGAGCAGAAUCAUUAACAAGUGAAAAUAAAAGGCGUCAACAAGAGAUACGACAACUAAAGGAAGAAUUUGUUUAUCUGAGAAAUCAAUUGUUUUUACAUAAAGAAUGUCAAAGUCCAGCUAUCGACUCUUAUAUUGAAAUGUACAUGCUUGAUUUAAUACAAUUUCCAGACACACACUUAAAGAUGACCCAUUCCUUAUAUCAUGUAAACAACAAUAACGAAACGAAUACCCUGUAAAUGUCAAAGCACGCAUAACUCUGUAUCAUAAAGCUGUGAUAUCUCUACGCAAGUCAACUUCUUUCAAAUAAAUGUACAAUGUUCAUUUCAACAGUGUUUUGAAUUUCACUUAAAUGAAGAACCGUGGCUCGGUGUUGAAUAAGACACGGAAAAUCGCUGUGUUUUUCAUAUAGAUGGUUUUAAACAAAUUUUGUUUUUCAG